CCACUUGCUCUUGACAUGAGGUAAAAUCAAAUCAUCAUGCCGUUCAGAUGCAUUCGCUUCUUCGCAAAAUCCGAUGCCUCCCGAAGCGACGCACCCCGGUCAACACAAGAGGAGGAUAUCAAGACACGUCUCACUAUUGUGCAUACCUCUCCAGACCCAGAAAUUGACCUGGUCGCCGUGCAUGGUUGGAAGGGCCACCCGCAAGACUCCUGGACAAGUGCGUCGGGGGUCAAUUGGCUGCGGGACGUGCUCCCUCAAGACACCCCAAAUAUCAAUACCUACUCAUGGGGAUAUAGCUCCACGGACACAAGCUGUGCUGGCAAAGAACCUCUGAUGCAGGUACUAUCACAGAAACUAGUUAGUGAUCUGUGGCAACACAGAGCAGGCUCAAAGACCCACCAACGUCCACUUAUAUUCGUUGCCCAUAGCGCAGGAGGGUCGAUUGUCAAGAAUGCAUUGCUCUAUUCCGCCUCCCACCCCGAUGGAAAUCUUCACGAAGUAAAGAGGUCCACAUGCGGGGUCCUCUAUAUGAGUACCCCAGAAAGGGACGCCAGACUUGAGGGCUUGGAGAGCUACUUGGCCCAUAGCGGAGGGGCGCAUGCGGCGGAUGAUGCUUACUUCGAGGAAGCGUCUUGGCUACUUCAUACCUUGCGACGGUAUGAGGAAAUCAGCCGGGAUUUUCGGACAGUCUAUGGUCACGAGCAUGGGUCAGAUCAUGUAAAAACGCAUGUUGAGAUGCUUAUUGACCCGUGAGUGCUAACAAAAGCGCUGGUUGACAAGACAUCGGUAGGGGACCCGAAAUGCUCGACAUAUUUACCUCAACACGACGCACGACGAGAUGGUCAGAUAUGACUCAGGUUUUAAUCCUGCGUACAAACAGGUCAGAGAUGGUGUUGUAUGGAUUGCGCAGGGUAUUUGGAAGGAUGAUCACCCUUUCUGAAGUUUGGCGACUUGUAUUGAGAUCUAGAAAGACAG